AUGCCUACAUCACCUCGCCGCAAACAUCCCGACAGGCGUUUUUCAACCUCUUCUACUGGCUCAAAGUUCUCUCCGCCAUCUACUUCCCUCAAACGUGGUCGACGUAGGCGCUCCUCUUCGGGUGAUUUCAAACAGAACAGACCCCCAGCUCUGGAGCUUGGACUAGAUCAGGGGAUUCCUCACUUACAAGGAGACGCUCAUGCACACGCCGAAGAUUUUGAUGACCCUAGUCAUCACAUUGGACAAGAACUUCGUGUCCGCCGUCCACUAGCUUACGCCUCUUUGCCUCCCACACCCAUACUCCCCUCUCCACCAGCCUCUCCGCGGCCCACAGAACGGAGGUCUGAAUCUCCUCCCCAUCCACCUCUUUUCUCUCUUUGGGAUUAUCUGCGGGAAGAGCUUCUUGCAACUGAUUUUGAUUCCCACCAGGAGCUUAAGUGGGAGAGAGUUAGCAACUUUCUCAAUAUACCCUUUGCUAUAGAAAAAAUCAUUGGCUUUGGAUUUGUGCUUUGUUUGGACUCGUUCAUUUACACGUUCACUGUCCUGCCUAUCCGUUUCGUCCUUGCUGCAUUCCGAUUCUUAGUCAACCUCGUUACCUUCUCCAAGAAGCCUUUGCCCUCUUCUCAGAAAGCCGACCUUCUGAAAGUCCUCUUGCUCGUAGCCUCCGUCACCAUAUCGAUUCCCCUCACCGACGCAAGCAAGAUAUAUCACUCGAUCCGUGGUCAAGACACAAUCAAACUGUAUGUCAUCUUCAAUGCCCUUGAGGUCGCAGAUCGUCUAUGUGCGUCCAUAGGACAGGACAUACUCGACUGUCUUUUCUCGCGCUCCACAUUGGAGGUCCUGUCUCACAGACAACGUCCUACUGCACACACAUUUAAACCAUUCAUAUUCUUCGCCCUAUCGACUUUAUACGUUGUCUGUCACGCUCUUGUGAUGGUUUACCAACUUCUAUGCUUGAAUGUCGCCAUUAAUUCCUAUGAUCACGCCCUUCUUACGCUUUUGACAUCGAACCAGUUUGUUGAGAUCAAGGGCAGCGUCUUCAAGAAGUUUGAGAAGGAUAACCUGUUUCAAAUUACUUGCGCAGAUAUCGUAGAGCGGUUCACGCUCACGCUCAUGCUCACGGUGGUCGGCUUUCGUAACCUCAUCGAGUUGAGCGGUUUCGAAUUUGACUUUGCCAGUGGAUUUUCUCUACCGAAAAGCUGGUGGCGAGGGAACAACUUGAUCUGGACUAUAUCAUACCCCAUAGUGACAGUCAUAAUGUCAGAAAUGCUUGUUGACUGGCUCAAACACGCAUUCAUAACAAAGUUCAAUCACAUUCGACCUUCUGUGUACGAGCGUUACACCGAUGUCCUUUGCCGGGACUUGGCGAGCGGUAGCGUAGUGGGGCGGUGGGGCCGCAAGCACUCUUAUGUUGACCAGUCACCUCUUGUCGCUCGCCGACUAGGCUUCGCUUCUCUACCACUUGCUGUUGUCGCUAUAUUGAUUGGCAUGCAAUCUCUCAACCUUGUUUUUUCUCUUCAGUUUGAUUACCAGUGGAGUGUGCAUGCGUUGAAGACAAUGUCCACUGCUGAGGCGAUACGGCUCGUCCAAUGGGCAAUUAUGGGAAUAGCUUUCUGGCUGUGCUUUGUGGCCCUCAAAGUCCUGCUGGGAGUCAACCUAAUCUCUUAUGCCACCAAGCGUCAUGCCGGCGUGGAAGAGCGUGCGGCUGUGGACGCUAUCAACGAUUUUGGGCGUGAUCCGAUUGGCGAGGGUAAGGAUGAACGCGAAUACAAUAAGCAGCUCAAGAAAAUGGUGGAAAAUUGGAAAGACGAUGCCGCACCAGUUGGGGAAAUGGGCGAAGGUCGAGGGCCAAAGUCAGACGGCAAAUCGGGUGACAGCUCGUCAAAAAAGAGAGUGCCGCUUGAAGAAUUGACCAGGUUCACGAUGGUCAAACGUAUUUGGUGA